GCGAAGUCAACCGAAGGUUGCCGAUGUUGACGCCAUAUUGUAAUGUCAGGUUAGGUGAAGGUGGUGAAAGCACUUGCUUUUUAUUUACUAUAUUUGUCUAAACUGGUGAUUUAUCAAUUGAUUAGGACUUAAAAACUUAAGGCGCAGGGUGCAUCGCUGCAUCCGUUUAAACAUGAGUUAUCAGAUACCAUCAUCUCAGAGCCGCACAAUGUCUCAUAGCAACUAUGGUGGGUCUGAUGUGCCGAUGGCACCUAGUAAGGAGCAGCAGACCCUUAUGUGGCAACAGAACUCGUACUUGGUGGAUUCUGGUAUCAAUUCUGGUGCAGCUACUCAGGUACCGUCUCUUACUGGCAAAGAAGAUGAUGAAAUGGAAGGAGAUCAGCUCAUGUUUGACCUGGACCAGGGUUUUGCCCAAGGCUUUACUCAAGAACAGGUUGAUGAUAUGAACCAGCAGUUAUCUCAGACGCGGUCCCAGCGUGUUCGCGCUGCUAUGUUUCCUGAGACUUUGGAGGAAGGUAUAGAGAUUCCUUCGACCCAAUUGGAUCCCGCUCAACCGACUGCUGUCCAACGCCUAUCUGAGCCAUCUCAGAUGCUUAAACAUGCUGUUGUUAACCUUAUUAACUAUCAGGACGACGCUGAUUUGGCUACAAGGGCCAUACCUGAAUUGAUCAAACUCUUGAAUGAUGAAGACCAAGUGGUUGUGUCUCAAGCUGCUAUGAUGGUACAUCAGCUAUCCAAGAAGGAGGCGUCCCGUCACGCCAUCAUGAAUUCACCUCAGAUGGUUGCCGCUUUAGUUAGAGCAAUCUCUAACAGCAAUGAUUUGGAGACUACUAAAGGUGCAGUGGGAACCCUGCAUAACUUGUCUCACCACAGACAAGGUUUACUUGCAAUCUUCAAGAGCGGUGGUAUCCCCGCUCUGGUGAAGUUGCUAAGUUCCCCUGUAGAGUCGGUGCUCUUCUAUGCUAUCACCACACUCCAUAAUCUCUUACUGCACCAAGAUGGUUCAAAAAUGGCGGUGCGCUUGGCUGGGGGACUGCAAAAGAUGGUUGCUUUAUUGCAGAGGAAUAACGUCAAGUUCUUGGCUAUAGUGACUGAUUGUCUCCAGAUCUUGGCAUACGGGAACCAAGAGUCCAAGCUAAUCAUCCUUGCGUCUCAAGGACCGAUCGAACUUGUGCGUAUCAUGCGCUCUUACGACUAUGAGAAGUUGCUGUGGACUACAUCCAGAGUUCUGAAGGUGCUGUCUGUAUGCUCUAGUAAUAAGCCGGCUAUAGUGGAAGCUGGUGGCAUGCAAGCCCUCGCCAUGCACCUCGGCAACCCAAGCGGCCGUUUGGUCCAAAACUGUCUUUGGACUCUUAGAAAUUUGUCUGAUGCUGCCACCAAGGUGGAAGGUUUGGAAGCUCUGCUGUCAAGCCUAGUGCAGGUGCUCGCUUCGACUGAUGUCAACAUUGUGACUUGUGCUGCUGGAAUACUCUCUAACUUGACAUGCAACAAUCAACGCAAUAAGGUGACGGUGUGUCAAGCUGGUGGUGUGGAUGCUCUGGUCCGUACGGUGGUGUCAGCCGGGGACCGCGAGGAGAUCACAGAGCCAGCGGUGUGUGCUCUCCGCCACCUCACCUCCAGGCACGUUGAGAGUGAGAUGGCUCAGAACGCUGUCAGACUCCACUACGGACUACCGUCCUUCUUCCAGGUGAUAGUGAAGCUGCUGCAGCCCCCGUCUCGCUGGCCGCUGGUGAAGGCUGUAGUGGGUCUAGUACGUAACCUGGCUCUGUGUCCAGCCAACCAUGCCCCGCUACGAGAACAUGGUGCUGUACAUCAUCUCGUUAGACUCCUGCUGCGCGCAUUCAAUGAUACUCAGAGGCAACGUACAUCUGUAACUGGAGGCGGGGGUGCUGGCGGAGCUUACGCAGACGGCGUCCGUAUGGAGGAGAUUGUGGAAGGCGCGGUCGGUGCCCUGCAUAUUCUCGCUAGGGAGGGACUAAAUCGCACUCUCAUAAGACAACAGAACGUUAUUCCGAUAUUCGUGCAGCUUCUGUUCAAUGAGAUAGAAAACAUACAGCGUGUAGCGGCGGGCGUGCUCUGUGAGCUCGCGGCUGAUAAAGAGGGCGCGGAAAUGAUAGAAGCAGAGGGAGCCACCGCACCCCUCACUGAACUACUGCAUUCAAGGAAUGAAGGUGUGGCUACAUACGCCGCAGCUGUUCUGUUCCGCAUGUCAGAAGACAAACCUCACGACUACAAGAAGAGACUCUCUAUGGAGUUGACGAAUUCGCUGUUCAGAGACGAUCAUCAGAUGUGGCCCAGCGACCUCGCCAUGCAACCCGACCUACAGGACAUGCUCGGGCCGGAACAGGGCUACGAAGGUCUAUACGGCACGAGACCAUCUUUCCACCAACAAGGCUACGAUCAAAUCCCGAUAGACUCAAUGCAGGGGUUGGACAUCGGAAGCGGUUUCAAUAUGGACAUGGACAUCGGCGAGGAGGGCGCCACUACCAACGAGCUAGCCUUUCCUGAACCGCCGCACGACAACAACAACGUAGCCGCCUGGUACGACACCGACCUCUAGAGGGACCUGGCUUAUCUGGACAUUUUAAUUACUUGACACCCGUGUAACACUAUUGAGUUAAGUUUACUUAAUGUAAUAAUUUUGUAGAGUAAACUGAUGUAUUGACUUCUUGUCAUAACAAACAACUCGUCAACUAUAUUAAAACCUCACUUCGAGUGUAAUUAUCGGUUGUAAAAGCUUUCUAAACAUAUGUAAUGAAAAUUCAACUAGUUACUAGUUUUUGUUUAUGUCAAAAUAUAUAUAAAAAAAAUAUGUUUUAUUCACAAUAUUUUAUUAUCACAAAAUAAUUAAAUAUAAAACAAUUCGUUACCAAAAUCACGAACAGAACGCCGUCGAUCCUCAACUUCUGUGAUAGUCUCACGACGUAACAAUUUUAACAUCUGUUAUAAAAUUGGAAGCGAUGGGUGCUAUACCUGGGUCGGUAUUGUAUUUCUAAACGAACAAACGCCCCGGCAUUGGUUACAUCGGGUUUUGUACGGGAACGUAUGAAAUGCGUGUAAUCGGACUAUAGGGUAUACAUUACAUUAUAAGAUAUAGGCUUUAAUGGUAAUAUUUUCUAGCGUAAUUCGACUUAUUUAAUACGUGCAUUUACGAUGUGUGAUUUAUAUGUUUCAUUACAACUAUUGGCUGGAUGACGUUUUAUUUAAAUAAUUCAUAAGACUGUUUGAUUGCUAAGAAUUGUAUUUUAUAUUGCUUUUGACUGCCAUUUUGUUUUUAUUUUACCAUCGUCUGGUUUACACUGACGUUUGCUGAUAACAAUGAGCGCCUCAUUGGAUGUCACUUGAUUCGAUUCAAGCGACUUUGGCCUGUGAGUGUGGUGUAAACAGAUGAAAAAAAUUCAGUGUACGAAUGAUACGCUAUUUAAACAGGUUAGUUCUGUAUUAGGAGUAAUAUUAUAAUUUCAAAUAUCAUAUAACUCCGAUGUCACGCACUGAAGUAUAAUCAAUGUACUAGUAUAUAAUAUUUUAAACAUUUUUUAGUAGAACAAUCAAUAUUAUGUAGUGUUAAUAAUCAGUGCGUACUAACCCUUCUCUGAGAACAUUACAUGUAGUUCACAAUAAUCGUUUUAUUUCUGACAUAAGAUUUGAAAUGUACUAAAUCAGUGUUUGUGUUAAGGUGUGUACACACUAGUUUACACAAGUGCCAAAAACAAACGAAGAAUUUUGUUCUCAUCAAACUGGACGUAAACUUCAAAAUAUUCUGCAUAAAAGGGCAUUUCUGAAGUGACUCACCAGUUUAAUGGGAAACAUCGUUUUGUAUGAACGGUAAUGUACACACACCUUAACAUUGUAUGUAGCUUUGUGUAUUACAGUUAUGAUAUUAGGAGAUGCACACUAACGUAACGUACACGUAGAAUUAGUAUAUUAUAAUCGUAUAUCGUAAGGUCUAGUAUUAAUUGCGUAAUUCCUCUAGGGUCCUCAUAUAUAAUUUUUCUAUUUAAUAAUCUUAAGUAUCUUUACCAAUGUUUUUAUACCGAUUCGAUUAUGAAGACAUUGCUGAAGCAUGUUUUUUGUCCAUUUAGUUAUGGAUAUUAAAGUAUAAUACAAA